AUGGCUCCCAUCCAGAAUCUCAUGAUCCCCAUGGCUCUCAUACAGAAUCUCUCCAACACCAUGGCUCCCAUACAGAUUCUCUCCAUCACCACCAUAGUUCCCACCAAGAUUCCCACCACCACCACCACUCCCAUUCUGAACCCCAUCACAUUUCUACCAAUCCAGAAUCUCAUAAUCACCACCAUCCUUCCCAUUCUGAAUCUCACCAACAUCCCUCACAUGCAGACACACACCACCAUGACGGUCACCACAGCCCAUCAAGCCAUUCUAAGGAGCACUCUCCUGUCAGUGCAUCGGCUACAGAGCUGGAGUCAUUGUCCCAUUCCAGCAAGUCUGGUUCUUCCAGGAAUACCAGCAGCCCCACAAGUCAGGACGAGCGGCAGACGGGCUACAGCGGCUCAACUACCUCUCUACAUAAAGUAUGACAUCGCUCCGGGGGUUGGGUUUAUCACUAUCGCUAGUUAUGUCAAGCAUUAUCUACAGUCUACUGUAAAUGUAUUGACCAUUUUGUACCGUUGCACGUGUUUUACAUUCUUAAUUAAGCAAUUAUGUAAGAAUGUUCCACUCAUUUGCUUUCCAUUGAUUUGGAUAUUAAACAUGCAAGCUCCUUCCUACCUACGUAAUCAUGGAUGACACAUGGAAAAAGUGAUCGCAUGCAAACUCAUGCACAUCAAAUUACCACACAAUGUGUCGCUAUUGAUUAUCAAUGUCUAUUAACUGGAAGCUGCAGAAUCAAUUUCUAUUUCUGAAAUGCACAUUGUGGACGACUGUAAAUAAAUGUUUGUUUUGUCCUUCCCAUACAGGAAGCAUCCGAGGUUAAUCGAAUAAUGUGAGUUUGAUUUUGUUUAAUUUGAUCUCUGUCUUGUUGUUUAUUGGGGGAAUAAUUUUAAUUGGGAAAGUAAAGUUUUAAAAAAUGUCCUCUCUUCCAUGUGUGUUGUUUAACAAUAAAUACAUUUUUUAUGAAGAUACACAUUAUUAUCUAACUGAGCACUAACCCCCCUCCUCUCUCCUACUCCCUUCAGGAUGCUUCAGGAGCAAAAUGAGGAUCUGCACCACAGUUUGCGCCAGACUGCCGUGCGAAUGGAGUGCAUGGGGACCGAGUUUAAGAGCAGUCACCAGCUCCUUGAGUCAGAACUACAGAACACUCGUGUGGAACUGAGCAACCUCCUGGACAAAUUCAAAAGGUCAGGGGUGUGAUGAGACGUUGGGAUGGGUACCUCUAGAAUUAAGAGGGGGUUCAGAGAGGAGUGGCAGUUCCAAUCUAUUUUAUUUGCCUUUUACAGGAAUUCAAUCAAAAGUUUAGCAAAACUCAAUCAGCAUUAAUUUUGAGUUAAUAUGCAUGACAUUGUCAAGCUUAGAUAGUGCUAUUACUGUACCUCUCACAGUCCUUAUGUAUCUUUCUCUCCCUCCCAUUUCAGACUUAUGGAUAACAACUCCUACACUCAACAGACCAAUAAUCUCCUGGAGCAGAAGCUUCAUUCAGUGGUGAGGCACCAGAAGAUCAACAGCUCAUUUUGCAUACAAGUAUACAUUAGCUAAGUCAAGAGAAGGGAUUUUUUCACAUAUCUGGAAAAUUGUAUCACCAUUUUCGUCAUGUUUAUGUUUGUUCUGUCUUAUGUGUGUGGUCUGUCAUGCUCAGAGUAUGGACGGGGUGCAUGAGCAUCUGAACCAGCGGAUCACAUCCCUGACAGAUCAGCUGUCCUCAGCCAAGAACACCAUCCACAGCAUGGAGACUAUUAACGUGAGAACUCCUCCUGAUGAACAGAUCUAGCCGAGACAAAAAGACAACCUAAAACGUGCGCAAAACCAGACCAGAGUGGCCAAGUACAGAAAAAUACUACUAGUACAGGCCUUGAAUCAAAUUCACCUGACCUCUAUGAUCCCCUGACCCCUCAAGCUCCAACCUAGGAAUGCAUUGCAAUAAGAAUCAGCUGUAGUGCAUGGUAUGCACUUACACAAUGUAGCAAAUUGUAACUAUGUUCCUCUUUGUAUAGUAUAAAAUGUCUCCUACCUUUCACCACCCACAUCUCCCUUUAGCUUUACCUUUUGUGUAUUCAUCAUUCCCAUUUUAGUUGAGAGUAAAACCACCAAUAGAGACCAUAGUUUUUGCUUUGAGCUGCAUGUAGCUAGUAAAUGUUGUUUUACAUAACCCAUUGUUUCUAAAGCCCAUUGUUAUGAAGCUAUGAGUUGUCUUUUAGUCUUGACUCAGCUUUUUUCUUGAUGUACAAUUGUGCGUUGUUCUUUGUCAUAACAACAUGCCUGUAUUCUGUUCUGUGUUCUGUAUUUUUGACCAUGAUUGAUGAAUCGAUUGAUUACUCCUUCACCCCUUAGGUAACAUCAUUGCUGCAGGAAGCCCUCGACCAACAUUUCCACCGAGAUGAUUCUGUCAAUCAAUUCCUUCUCCCUGUUGCUCCACCACCGGUCCAGUUCAUGGAUAGUCAUCAUUAUGGAAAGGUCACCAUCACAGGGGAGGACCUAUCGCUGGGAACAUUGCCAGAAGAGGAGGAAUCUGAUUGGUCGGAGAUGGGGGAUGAGGCUCCAAAAUGUGUUCUGAGGUCAGGGGGAGGUCAUCAUGGUGGCACAGCGUUUCAACCGUGGAGACAGGAGCGUAUUCACUGGGCAGGGCAGGGAGAGGGAGACACAGAGAGUGAGUCGGGGGGUGAGGAGAUUGUCAGACAACACCCUCCCCGCUCCCAGCAGAUCCCCCAUCUCCAUGUCACCAUUCACUCUGAGACCUUACCAGCCCCCAGAGAUGGUGUCACCUUCACCACCAUCUUCAAGAGCUCAGCUGAUGGCCCAACAGAGGACGGGUACAGGGCCACUGCAAGCCGAAAACUAGGCUCUCCCAUCCGCAUCCUGUCAGCCAGUCUGGAUGAGAUCCCCUCCUCUAGGGGGAAGAAUCACAGACAGGAGGAGCAGCAUGGCCAGCUGAAGGGCACAGAAGCCAUGAUGGACCUCCACCAACCAGAGGACGGUACCAUGGAUGACUCAGAAGAUGAGAUCAUCCGUAACUGGAGGACAAGGAGCGGGGACAUGGGUGGUGAUGGAGGUGUGGAUACCACAGAGGCAGAUCCUGGCAGCAGCCUGGAUAACCUACAGUCGGCCCAAAAUAUGCUCAACCACUUCAUCUGCCAGCUGCAGCCCAGCGAGGGGGAGGUCAAGGGGUACUUGACAAAGUGCUGA